AUGUUCAUCCAAGAGAUCGACAACGCGGCCGACUUUGCUGCGCUGACGUCGUCGUUGCUCGAAGCCGACCCGUUUGGCAUUCUUUUGACGCUGGACGACUAUUUCGCGGCGAAGCACGUGCCCACGCAGUGCUACGUCGGCACGAUUUCCACCAGAUCGUACGCUGUCGUGUCGCCGAAACGUGUUGCCAUCAGUCGUUUGAUGUCGACACUAGAAGCGGAGUCGCUUGGCAAGAGCUUGUCACGAGUGGCUUCGCUCGCGACGCUGUCGCGCAUACAAGGACCACUCGCUGCCUCCCUCGCCUUUGCGCGUGGGUAUUGCCAGCACCGACCAAACAUCGAGUUUCGCCCAACGGCCACGAUGCUCAUGUAUUACUUGGACACAUCUCCGCGCGUCCCGCAGCAUGUUCGGGGCACAUUGCGCGCGGCAAAUGCUUUGUUGGACUACGAAUUGCUCGUCGAAUGGUGUACCCAUGCCUUGGACUCCCUCGGCGAAUCCUCCGUCAACAUACAAGAACACGUCACCAGGGGCUUGGAGCACAAAACGCUGUUUCUCUGGGAUAUCAAUGGCUACCCUGUGGGGUUUAUUGACCACACGUUGCCAACUCAAGUAGGUGGUGGCCAUCGGUUCGUGAUAAAGGUCCGUCUUGUGUAUAUCGUUUCGUCAGCACAACGGCAUGGGUAUGGCACUGCGAUGCUUGCGUCCUUGUGCCACCACUUGCAGGACUCGAUCAAGGCUUCGUCAUGCCGAGUCGUUGUCAACGUCGAUCAAGAGUGUCUUGCUGCGAACAAAGCGAUUCGAAACGCCGGUUUUGCCUUGCAUGACCACGUCACGAUCACAGCCGACCGCGUCAAAUCAACAACCCCUUGAUCUAUAUCUACAUGUCGUCUCCACCCUUGCCUUCUUCAACAACGUCACAAUGCCUGUGCAUGCCUCCAGACUCGGACGCGGCCUUCGUCGUCCGCGUGCUUCGCGCCCCUUCGUCCACAUUGAUCUUCCCGCGUAAGCAC